AUGUCCUUCAAUGAGUCAGAUUUACCGGAUAAUCCAUACAAGGGACUAACGUUUUUGGAAGUGAAGCGCAUUCAGUACCCAGUCUGGGGUCAUCAGAUAGUCGGAGGGUUCUUACUGCUUCUGUUAAUUGCGGGCUUCAUGGAGAACUUGUUAAUUAUGUUUAUAUUCUGGAAGAACAAAGAGCUUCUCUCGCCUACAAACAUAUUCAUCUUGGCAGUGGCUAUUGGGGAUUUCGGCAUGUCCUGUCUUGGUGUUCCGUUGCCGGUUAUUGGUGCUUUAAACGGAAAAUGGUUUAUGGGGGAGUUUCUAUGCAAAUGGCAGGCGUUUGUUGUCUAUUUCGUAGGACUGUCGCAAAUGUACCUUCUAAUGGCUGUGAGCGUUGACAGAUAUGUUGUAAUCACCAAGCCUCAUCUUGCCCAUAGAAUCACCAAAAAGGUCGCGAUGGCCUGCGUGGCGGUCUGUUAUGGGCUCGCCAUUUUCUUGGCUCUUAUGCCACUCAUUGGAUGGAGCAGCUACGGGCUCGAGGCAUCGAGGGUGUUCUGUGGUCUACGCUGGGAGGAUCAUAGUGCAAGAAACACCAGCUACAAUGUUGUGAUAUUUUUCUUCUGCUACUUCGGGCCUAUCGGCGUCAUGAUCUUCAGCUACUAUCACCUAUUCAUGGCCGUAUUGUGUGGAUACUCCGAUUCCAUCCCCCUGGUGCUCACAGAGAUCCCGGGGGCCACAGCCAAGUCCCAGAUUGUCUGGAAUCCAAUAAUCUAUGUGGCCACAAACAAACAAUUCAGGGAUGCAUUCUAUGCGGCAGUGUCCCACAAAGUGCCUGGGUCCCGCAAACAGGAAGGGUCCCACAAACAGGCAGGGUCCCACGAACAGGCAGGGUCCCACAAACAGGCAGUGACCCACAAACAGGAAGGGUCCCACGAACAGGAAGGGUCCCAUAAACAGGCAGGGUUCCACAAACAGGCAGUGUCCCCAAAACAGGAAGGGUCCCACAAACAGGCAGGGUCCCACAAACAGGCAGUGACCCACAAACAGGAAGGGUCCCACAAACAGGAAGGGUCCCACACACAGGAGAGUCCCACAAACAGGAUGGUUCCCACAAACAGGCAGUGUCCCACGAACAGACAGUGUUCCACAAACAGGAAGGGUCCCACAAACAGGAAGGGUCCCACCCGCAGAAAGGGUCCCACAAACAGGCAGUGUCCCACGAACAGACAGUGUCCCACAAACAGGAAGGGUCCCACAAACAGGAAGGGUCCCACCCGCAGAAAGGGUCCCACAAACAGGAAGGUUCCCACAAACAGGCAAUGUCCCACGAACAGCAGUUUCCCACAAACAGGAAGGGUCCCACAAACAGGAAGGGUCCCACGACCAGGCGGUGUCACACAAACAGGAAGGGUCCCACAAACGGACAGGGUCCCACAAACUAACAGGUUCCAACAAUCAGUCAUGUGCCUACACACAGGCAAAUCAUCAAAAGAAAUGUUCAUCAGUUCUUCAAUUUCUGGAGGAUCUCAGCAGCAGCAGCAGCAGCAGCAGCAGCAGCAGCAGCAGUUUCCUCACUCAAUUCCGGCGAAAACAACUCAAAACUACCCAAAAGAUCUUUAA